CAUGGUUUGUGGCGCGGCGCAGCGCAACGCCCGGGGCGUAUCGCCACGUGCCGCAGCCGUCGUCCCCAUCGGCAACCCUCCCUAACCGCGGACGCGCGUGAGGCGAGGGUCACCGGCCGCGACAGCGUCACGCCGGGCCGAGGCGCGCAUGGAGCUGUUCGAGCGCGCCAAGACGGUGCGGCUGCGGAGCCACCAAAACAAGUACAUGUACGCCGACGAGGACGAGUCCCACGUCCUGCAGGACCGCAACGCCGCGUCCCCGAACGCGCGGUGGACCGUCGAGCUCGUGCCGAACGCGCCGGGCGUCAUCCGCCUCCGCAGCCGCUACGGCCGCUACCUCACCGCCUCCAACGAGCCCAUCCUCAUGGGCGUCACCGGACGCAAGGUGAUCCAGACGCUGCCCCACCGCCUCGACUCUUCCGUCGAGUGGGUCCCCGUCGGCGAAGGCAGGCACGCUCGCCUCCAGACUCGCUACGGCAACUUCCUCCGCGCCAACGGCGGCCUCCCGCCGUUGCGCAACUCCGUCACCCAUGACGUCCCCCACCACCGCCAUGCCGGCUGGGUCGUCUGGUGCAUCGAGAUCGUGCAGGUGCUCGUGCACCCGCCUCAAUGCUCCGAUCCCAUCACCACCGCCUACUCUCCUCCUCUACCUUACAAACCACACUCUCGCUCGCCCUCGCCCUCGCCCGCUCCCUUGCCAACAGGGGCGCUCAGGCCUCCUGCGCCACCGCACCACCGUACAUCGACUCCGGUCGUAGCGCAGCCCCCGCCGCCUCCCCCCGGCUCCCUAGCGCCCCCGGUCGGCUUUUCCAGGCUUGAGUCGGCGGACUCCUUCUCGGUGCCGGUGCACAAGGUGGAGGGGCGGCACAUCCACUACCAUAUUGCGGAUGACAGUGGCUAUGUGCGUGAGGGAGAUGAGGGGCACUCGUUCCUGUUCAACGGGACAAGCCUUGGGGAGCUGCUGGAGAGACUGCAGGACGAGACGGGGCUCAAGGACGUGAUCAUCUGCUCCCGCAACCCGAUCACAAGCAAGUUGAUGCCGCUUCGCCUGCAGCUGCCACCCAACAACAACGCCAUGCAUGUCGUGCUCGUGCGCGAGUCCUCAAAAGCGGCAAGAUCUUUUUCAUAAAAUUUAUGGUCCACAAGCUUUGGAGGAUGUGUACGGCAUAAGUUACAGGGAGCUUCUUGUAAAGUUUUUUUUUAUCUGGGCAUGUUGACCAUUUCAUUAUGUGGGCUAGAUCUGGGCGGUGUAGGUGAAGAGCCGUGAAACCAUGUAUACAUUUAUUUCUCAGGUUUUUGGUUUCGUUCAUUGAAGUCUGAGUGACAUAGAGAUGUUUCUGCACAAUCUCUUACAUGUCACAUAUUAUAGAAUUUCGACGUCAAUGAUUCCUUGUUGCAACCAUGCCAUCUCGUGGGCGGAUGUAACGGAGCAAAAGUGGGGAAAUCCCUUGUGGCACUCGGGUGCAUCACACCCUGAUAAAUAAAAAAUAAUUUAGUAAUUACAAAAAAAAUCCCGAAACAUUUUUGGAUACAAAGUUGACCUACCCUUGUACCCGUAUAAAAAGUUUAGGGCUGGAAUAAACUUCAGUUCAGCCCAGACAAAAAAAAACAAAUUUCCUAGUGUACUGUACAUGUACAGUACCUUGUAUAUAGUCUUCAUUUUCUUUUCGGUCGCGUUCAAUACGCUGGAAGGUAUUCCUUCACGAAACUUUUUAUACGGGCACAACUGUUGGACAUGUAUAUUUCCAGAAAUUUUCAAGAUUUUUUGAACUUUUUUUGAA